CGUCGUUCUCUCGACCUCAUCCUACACUUCCUUCGACCUGUGCUUCGCGCUACUGCUUCAACUUUUGGUUCACUACAUCUGUCUCUGUCCUGCCUUCCAAUCCGGUGUUCCACCAUUAAUACUCUUCUGCCCAGAUUCACCUCCGUCGCCGCCGAAUCGCCGUCACAACCAACAACGACGUUUAAAUUUAAUACACCCAACGCGGCGGGAAAUCGGCCAAGUCAGCGUCGAUUGGAACAACUUGUGGACUUCGCCACUUUCCAGUGAGCUGCAGAGAGCACAGCGAGAGCGACGUAGACUUCCAACAACAGUUUUCAGAACUCCGAGGCCAAAAUCUUGGAUUGAAUCAAGGCAGGCAGGCAGGCAGCGCUUCUCUACUUCCUUGCUUGUUGGUGAGCGAGAUUCCUUUAUUUGUUUCUUCUCUGUUCUUUUCUUUACAGCACGGCAUUGAUCGAUGUGACUACAUUCCCAAAAUUAACAAGGGAUUUUGAAAUCUUACAGAGAAACGAACAGGAAGGGACUGUUGUUGAUAGAACGCAGAGCGGCAUUACCGAGCGGGAACUUCGAGGUUAGUGGUGUUUGUGUUUUAUAGCUUGGUAUGCUGUGUGAGAAUUUAAUUUGUUUUCCCCACUCGCAAUUUUCUCUCAUGGCAUGACAAUCUGGAACCUAAUCUAUGAACCAUCUUGUCUUAUUUCUAAGUUCUUCAUUUUCACACAAAUCUGGAACUUGCCACCAGACUUUGGUGCUUCUUUCUGGGAAAGUUCUUUAUCUUGGCACCAAAUCAGACUUACUUGCCAUUGAUAUGCCAAGUGACCAAGUAAUAAAAAGGAUGCUAAUGUGGAAAUCGAAGCAUUGUACACUAUUCUAUGAUCUAACAAUAAUAAAGAGUAAGAUGCGUUCUUUCUUUUGUUAUGAUCACUUCAAGCCAGGAUUUCCUCUUGCAUCCUUUUUUAUUCUUAUGACGAGGUUGACAACUCCAACCACCUGAUUAUUGGUUUUGUCAUUAAGUUUGAUUGCUCACAGCAGGAGAGAAAACCAACCAGAUUUGAGUUGAACUUGCUCUGGAUUUUACAGUGGAUGAAACAUCAAUGCAUUAUGAUUUUCUUAUGGUGUGUAGUAGUUUGAGGUCUUGACUCCAAGAUGUGUUCUUUUUCCCUCUUGUUAUUAGGUUGAGAGGCCAGGAGUCGUGUGUGGAGGUCCUUGAUAGUCAUAAUGGAAGAAACAGGAAAUCCACAUCCUUAUGUGCCCACAGAUCUGCUACUCCCCGAUUAUGUGCCUCCAUUUCUCUCUCAAUCCGCCAUCCUCUGCAUUUACGGGGUUGUCUCUCUCGUUGUCGUUUCCACUGUUUGGAUCUCUUCUGGCUUCUCCCGGAAAAUAGCUAAACUUGACAGGCUUCUUCUUUGCUGGUGGGCUUUCACUGGUCUCACACACUUGAUUCUCGAAGGAUAUUUUGCUUUUGCACCGGAAUUUUACAAGGACAAAUCUGGGUUUUUCCUUGCUGAAGUUUGGAAAGAAUACAGCAAAGGUGAUUCAAGAUAUGCAGCAAGAGAUUCUGGAGUAGUUUCUGUUGAAGGAUUGACAGCAGUCUUCGAGGGGCCCGCCUGCCUUUUAGCUUUAUAUGCUAUUGCUACAAGAAAGUCAUACAGCUACAUUCUUCAGUUUGCUAUCUCCCUGGGACAGCUCUAUGGAACUGCCGUGUAUUUCAUUACUGCAUAUCUAGAGGGCGAUAACUUUGCUGCCAGUCCGCAUUAUUACUAUGCCUACUACAUUGGUGCCAAUGCAUCUUGGGUUGUCAUACCCUCGUUGAUAGCCUUGCGCUGUUGGAGGAAGAUUUGUGUGGCCGUGAACGUUGCAGACCAGAAAAAGACCAAAACAAAAACCCGCUAAGUUAGCAGCUGACAAGAAUGCCCGACUCCCUUUGCAUCGUUGAUGAUAUCUCGCUUCUCGCUACUUCUUGUUUGGUGGUUUGGUUUCUGCAACUGGAAGGGUUGGAAGCAUUAUUAAUCAGGAGAGAUUGAAAACUUGGGAUCAUUCUUUUCGAAUGUGUUCCUAAUGAAAUUAUGUAUUGUCUGGAUCGAUUGGAACAUGUGCUGUGUCUCGGCAGAGUGCUUUCUACUGUGAACCUUAGAAUUUUCGAUUUCAUCUUCAUGUUCGUGUUUGUUCUUCUCUCACAACAAUAUCCACCAACUGUUUCAGUCAAGGCUUGGACUGCGCCAGAGAGUAGGUGCGAAACCCCAGCCUUUGUUACUUGUCUAGCUGCUCUUGGAUAGAAUAAAUUUCAUUGUAGGGUUGAGAAAAUUUAGGGUAUUCUUGCACAGUGGAAAAAAUUAGGUUUUUUUUUUGUUGUUGUUGAGAAAUUAGGUUAUGGUAUGGAAUAUAAAUUUCAGAGGCCACCCAAUCAAAUUUCUAAAUAUAC